AUGGAGAAUAGAACACCAACUUCAAUAUUCACUGACCAGGACCAAGAAAUGGCAAAUGCAAUUGAGCAGGUGCUUCCUAAUACAAGGCAUAGACUUUGUAUCAGACAUUUGGAACAAAAUGCCAUAAUCAAAUUUGGGGCUCUUAAAAAAGACAAAGAAUUCAAAGAUUUUGAAGAGGAGUUUGGAUACUCUAUGGCAACAACUGUUCAAAUGAUAGGAAGAAAUGAAGAAUGUCUACUUUAUCAGGUAGCCCUAGAAGACAAGCCAUGGUCUUCACAUCAAAAUUCUACACUUGCAUUCAGUAACAAGUAUGUUUCAGAAAAAUGGACUAAGGUUGCAAAAACAGAGGCAUGGGAUAGGUUGAAGAAUCAGGAUCCUACCCAGCAAUAUAUUCCAUGGAGGCAAACAAUGAUGAGGAAAUUCUACAAUCUAAUCUUAAAGAGUCAAGAAAAUGAAGAGACAAGAGCAUUUAUGGAAGAAAGCUUCGGAAAUAGUCUUUAA